GCGCCGCCGCCGCUGCUGUGAUCCUCCUGUGGAAAGAAUACCGGGAGGCGCACAGCUGAGGGCAGCGCUGUGAAUUUGCUGCAUCUGAUUUGUGUGUUUUGUACUUUGACUCCGUGAGCAGGUCCAUGGGUCACUGCAGUGCGAGGCUGUGAUUUGGAGUGUCAUGAUGUGGCAGUGUGUGUUCACUCGGAGACACAGAACAAGAACCGUGAACUGUUCACUGCUCAACUGUGAGUGUACACAUCUGGCUUUCUCAUUCUUGAACAUCUGCUUAACUCUGCUCCCACUCUGCUGUUUGUGGAAGUGUGACAGGUUACUGUGGCUGGCUUUAACCCUGAGCUAAUAAUGGAGCCUAGAUGGCAGAACUGGAAUGAACAGAGGCCACAGACCCAGCGCUCAGAUCACAGAGUCAGGGAUGAGCAGUACAGGUCUCAUCACACAGGAAAACAAGGCUAUUACCCUCAUCCAGAUGUAAGAGACAGCGAGAGACGACGGUAUGCUCCAGAUCCGCACUACAUGUUCUACAUGAACGGUCCUCCUCCUGCAGAGUUUGGCACUGCAUAUAGCAGCCAGACAUACACACCUGACCGAGCUCGAUCACACUCCAGGCAGGGAUAUGAUUAUCCUCCUCAGAGCUACUGGGAUUACAGGAAUGACUACAGCUAUUACGAUCAUGGCUACUACAGAGGCCAUUAUGGAUACCCAGCAGCCUCAGAUGCCAGUGGAUGGCCGGUGCAAGGAUGGAGAACAGACGGGCAUCAGGAGUGGUCAGGAAUCACAUACACACACCAGCAUGGGUAUGAGCUGAGAAGAGACAGUGGACAGUAUGAUGGUGGUGCUUCUGUGAGAGAAAGCUUGGACACCAGGAAUGAAACCGGAGAGGUGUCUGAACCUGGAGGCCUGGCCAGCUCUAAAACCUCUGGCCUGUCAUCCAGCACCUAUGAACUCAGCCAGUACAUUGAUGGAGAGGAGCAGAGCAAUGUUCCAGCUCACUCAGAGGCUGAGUCCAAGUCAGUGGUUCCACUGAAGUUCUGUGUUCCUCAUGUGGCUUUGAGCUUUGGACCUGCAGGGCAGCUGGUGAGAGUCACUCCAGCUUUGCCAUCUCAUGGAGAACCUGCUCAGGUGGAGCUUCACAGCCUGGAGGUUAUACUGAGUGAUACACGUGAGCAGAAUGAUAUGAGAGGCUUUCCUGGACCACUGGCAAGGGAGGAUCUGCAUAAGGUGGAUGUCAUUAACUUUGCCCUGCAGAUGGCUGAUGCUUGUCUGAAGGAUGAAACCACACUCAAGGCUUCCUCUGCCUCCCUCCUGUGGCAGCUGCUGGUACUGCUGUGUAGACAGAAUGGGAGAAUCGUAGGUUCUGAUAUUGCCGAACUCCUGCUUCGAGGAAGCCACUCUGUAGGAGCGUGUGAUGGAGUUGGUGAGCAGUCAGACAUGGGAAGUCUCAUUGAUCUGAAUGAAACUCCAAAAUCAGAGAUGGAGAGCUUCAACACUUCAGAUCUCCUAACUGGAAACCCACUCAGUAAUGAAGAGACUUCAGAACAAAACAUCCAGGACUACACCAAACUCCUGCUGGCUGGAAGAAAGAAGUGUGAGAUGAAGCUACUUCAGCAAAAGGAAGCACUGGAGUCAGCCAUGCGGAGUGGCUUAUGGGGUCACGCUCUUUUUCUGGCCAGCAAGAUGGACAGUAGGGCCUACAACACUGUACUGAGCAGGUUUACAGGGAGUCUGUCUCCAAGUGAUCCACUCCAAACCCUUUUCCAGUUACUUUCUGGGAGGAUUCCAGCUGUUGCCAUGUCCUAUAGUAAGGAGAAGUGGGGUGAUUGGAGACCUCACCUUGCUGUUAUGUUAUCCAAUGAAACUGGGGAUUCUGCUGUGCACCGCAAGUCCAUUGUCAACUUGGGUGACACUCUAGCUUCCAGAGGCCUGCUGCAUGCAGCUCACAUUUGCUACCUUACGGCUCACGCGCCCUUUGGCUGGUACACAAACAAAACGCAGCAUCUGGUGCUACUGAGCAGCAGUCCUAGUGCUUCCUUUGCUGACUUCUGUCAUAAUUCAGCCAUUCGCUGCACUGAGGUGUUUGAAUACUGUCAGAGAUUGGGAAACCCAUCCUUCAUCAUCCCUUCUUUUCUGGUAUACAAGUUCCUGUAUGCAUGUCGAUUGCUGGAUUGCGGUCUGUUCUCACAGGCCUUCCAUUACUGUGAGCUUGUAGCCAAAGCUCUGCUCACAAUACAAGAGCCACACAUCAUACUGCUACAGGAGGUUAUCAAGAUGGUGGACAGACUUAAACACUCUGAAGCACAGAUCAGUGAGACAGGUGCUGAUCCAGACUGGCUGUCUCUCCUACGGCAGCAUCUACAGGACCUGCAGAUGGGGAACUUGGGCAGUGAUAGUUUGUACCGCUCAGCUGCUGAAGCUACUGCUUGGGCCCAAAAGGAAAAGAGGGAAGAUGCAGAUUUUAGCCAGGACCAGCUUUCCACCAGUGAGAUGAUCCAUACUUCUGUUACUGAGGACAGUCAUAAUGGUUCAGGAAAUAUGCAUUACAAUCAGCUUCAGUCUGCAGCACCUCUCCAUACUUCCUACCCCUCAGAAGAACAGUCUUAUUCCCACUACUCCCCAGCAGAACACUCCUUCCCCUCCUAUCUCUCAAAAGAACAGUCUUACAUCCCAGAAACCCAAACAUAUGUUCCUGAAGAACGGCUUCCUCAAAUCUAUGCUCCAGUUCCCAGGUAUGCCCAACAGAAUCUGGUCCCUUCUGAGCUCCCACCAAUUUGUGCAGUUCAGGAUGGUGUUAAUCAUUCUGACACGUCGUACCAUCAGACUCUUUCCAGUCUGGAGCCAAGGACCCACAAUAAUAUAGAUGAUAUCUCCACUAGUAAAAACAUGAUGGAUGCUCCUAAAAAUGGAACUGCUCCUGAUAGUGCUGAUCUGGCCUUGACCACCCUUACUAAUGCUAAUCCAACAGAAACCACCAGUCAGAAAUCAGAAAAGUCAGGGUGGUUUAGCAGAUGGUUCACAUCAAAGCCUAAAGAAACUCCAGAGGACCAAUAUGAACAAACCAAACCUGCUCUCAUGGAGUCAACACCCACGCCUACCUUCCCUACUCCACCAAAGGUCUCUUUCCCCAUGCUGCCAUCACAGACUCAAGCUGCUGGCAUCAAUCCCUUUUCUAGGAGAGCUGGUCAACUGCCAGGUGCAGCUGUGGGCCAGGGUCCCUAAUGCAGCUCUGCACAUGGGGCUGUUCGCUUCAUGGGAGGCUUACAGGUGGUGUCAACCUGCUUAGUCUGGAUCAAAACUUCUCAGGAUUCAGCAUCAAACAGACCCAAAAUGCUCAAUCACCCGAUAUUUUUUGGAGGCGCAUACACACAUUAUCUGUGCCAUUUGAAAUGCUGAAUUAGUGCAUUUGAGACAUUAGACUUUCCUGUCUUUGACUGAAGAAAUGGAACAGCUGAAAGCUGGAGUUGAUGGUGGUGAUAUCAGUAGGACCCUUGAAGUGCAAAGCUGGCGAAUGGCUGUGGUGUUGGACAAGGCGUGAAAUAUCACAACGGUUUUGGUUUCACCUUAUGAGCUCUUUUUUAUGAUUAUGCAACAGAUUUCAGGAAUGCACAAAAAUAGGCAGAAAGUGCAUGAGGCAAGGUCUAGGUUUAUGAUGCAAAAAAACAUACUCUUUAUAGUAACUGUCUCAAUUAUUCUGGAUUUGGUACUGUGAAGGGAACAAAAUGCAAAGCAAUCACUUUUAAAGCAUUUUAUAUAUGAAAAUAUGUAUACUGUCUAUCACAUUAAUUGUACUUUUAAGCUAUGAUGCAAUUGCCACACCUUUGAAUCAAUUAAUCAAAUAUUUAAUUUCUCAAGAAGAGGACAAGUACCAGAUAGUGAAUUUAAAAUAAUUCAGAAGUACCUGUUAUAGUCUCUUCAAUUUUGUUUAAUCUAAAAGGACCAAAAAUUAACAGAAAUCAAACAUUUUUGUUAACUUUUGAAGAUACUUCUGUUCAGUCUGAGAAGCUCACAUUUUGUACCAUGAAUUUGGAAAGCAAUCGUGGUUCUUGACGGGUUCGAUUGGGAUUUAGGAAGUGUGAGAGCCCUGCUUCCUUUAUGGGUGCCAACAGUUUGGGAACAAAUUUGUUAUUAUACACUGAUUAUGAUAUCAUUAAAACAACUUUCUGAUAAAUUAGUAUUCACUCUAUAAGAGGCUUCUGUUAAUUAUUUUUUUGUUUGUUUUGUUUCUGUUGAAGUUUUUGGUUUUCUAGAUUGUGAGGUUUAAAUAAUAUGAAAAUACCCUUUCUGGCAAAGAUGCCUUAAGAGCAACAAAAAUGUACACAUGUUGCUUUAAUGAUCAAAUCAGUCAGUAAAUGCUGUGACUGAAGAAAUACAUUUUCCAAUUCUGAAAUGAAUUCAGCAAAAAGCAGUAUGAAAAUGCAGAACAUUGUCAUUAUUAAGCCACCUCUGUAAAACCACAUUAUAAUUUACAAUAUGAUCAUCAGCUGUUCAGUUGGUGGCAAUAUCUUUUCAUAGUUUUGUAAAUAAUGUUUUGUAAACAUGUUGACUGAGCAAUUUGAGCAAUUUCAAAUUGUUUAUCAAAUGUAUCCAUUUAAUAUUUGUAUUAUCAGACAAUCUUUGGGUUUGUAAAUUAAUUCACUGUAUGUUUUGUUUUAUACUGUAUGUGUUAAAGUUGAUGUACUAUUACAGAAACUCAUAGUAUUUUCUCUUGCACUAAGACAAUUAAUAUAUAUGACACGUGUUACUAUUUGGCCUUGAAUAAUGGAAGUAAAUAAAAGGAAAGGACUGCAUGUACUGUAUGUGCCUUAUACUGAUACUGUAUUGAGAUGACCACUAUGAGAGUGACACUGCAUUAAUUCCUCUGGGACUUUUCCAAUUAGGACAACAGAAUUGCAUAAGAUGCAUGAUGGUUCCUUUUACCAUGAGUCUGCACAGCUGUGUGCGUGCGAGAGAGAGAGAGAAAUAUGUUCUGUCAACAGAAGGACCUCCUUUCACUCUUUGUUACACAGUUAAACACAAAAGGUGAAUCCAAUGAUUUUUUUAACAUGUAUUUUAGCACUGAAGGAACACAAAUGAUGUCACUUCUGUGUAAGCUUUAAACGAUGAGCAUACAAUUGCCUUCUAAGCUUUUAACAUGCAUCUUGAUUUUGUUUGUGACAUUGAAGGUGAUUAAAUGAUAAAACACAGGAAA